AUGCAAGCCCUCAGCUUUGCUCUGGUUGGGCUGCUUAUUAAUUCAGUAUAUGCACGGUUUAUAUCAGACAACAUAUGCUUGGCGAUGCCAAAUGGACAAAAGCUACCAAUAACUAACGACUGUGCAUCGUAUAUUGUCUGCGAGUACAAUGUACAAAAGAUUCAGCAUUGCGCCGUCGGCACAAUGUUUGAUCCUUUUGCGAUGGUAUGCAACUGGGCAUCCUUUGUCAAAUGUGGCCAAACACCGUUGCUGCCUCCAAUUUUUGUUGACCCUCCGUCCACCUCACCCACCAUUCCUACUGCUCCCACGCCAACUCGGUUGCCUUCCGUAGCGCCAACAACGUCUCGACCGAUCACUACAUUCCCACCCAUUCCGACUGCACCAACAGCGCCUCCAAUAACAGCUAGCUCCACGAAAAACCCGAUCAAACCACCGUAUGUUCCCACGGCUCCGACGGCGGCACCCACUACUCUGUCUACUUCUACUAUCGGCACGAUUCGUCCUACAUCGACCAUUCCUUCAACUACUUUGGCGCCCUUGUUUACUGUACCGAACAAAAACCCGUAUCCUAUAUGCACCUCGGAUGAGUUCAGUUUCAUCGCCCACACGUCAUCUUGUGAGAGUUACUAUAUUUGCGCUUAUGGAAAGCUUAUUCUACACAGUUGCGGACGUGGUGUUUACUGGAAUACAGCCACUAACCAGUGCGAUUUCCCAGAAAACAAAGCAGAUCCGAAUAUUCCUAUCUUCCUUAGAAGCCCUUCAGUUUGCUCAGAAUAUUAUAUUUGUGUCAACAAAAAACCUGUGCUACAGAAAUGUGUGACGGGAACGUAUUGGAAUCCUGUUGAAUUGUUUUGUGACGAUCCUAAGCAUGUGCCAUAUGGAAUUGGGAAGUGUCCAAGUGAUAUGUUAUUCAAUGCAAUCGCUGAAAUUUGCGACUUUCCUGGAAAUGUGAAUUGUGGAACCGUUCCGAUGCCACCUUAUUUUGAGCAAACCAUCACACCAGAUAUAACAACUACAGCUGCAAUUGACGUAACCACCACUCUUGCACAAUUGAAUUCGUCUUGCCCAGUUGUUGAAGAUCCUGUUUUCCCUACGUAUUUGUCAAUACCAGAUGAUUGCUCGUCUUAUAUCAUGUGCUACCAUAGUAAUCCGUUAAUCAUGAAAUGUCCUACCGGAAUGGUGUGGAACAAAGCUCAGUUGAAAUGUGACAAACCAGAAAACUCUAAUUGCCAGGUAUACUAUGCACGUUUUAUAAUUUAA